GCUCUGUGGGUGCGGAUUGUCAACGGAUUUGCUGGAAUCGAAUUGGAUUUUACCUAUUGGAUUAAACAAGAGAGAGAACUCUGAAACAUCAAAAUCAAAUUUAUAGAACAACUUUUGGACGUGCUCGAACUUCAACCCCAACAGAAUGCUGUUUCAACGCUCGCGCGCCGAGUACACGGCCGAGCAGAUCUUCAAGAUCAAACAACUCAAGCAGCUGGUGGAAAAGUCCGAGGAGCUUCAGGUGGGAACAGACGAUGUAUUUCUAACAAAAUUCCUCCACUACACGCACUGGGAUACAAUCAAAGCCUACCAGGCGAUCCAUGCCUACUACGACUUCAAGCACAAGCACCCCAGCUGGGUGGCCAGGCACCCAAUUGAGUAUUAUCGCAAGAUCUUCUAUGGCACGCACUGUCGCUUUGUGAUGCCCCAUGCGGAUAAGAAUGGACGUGUGCUGGUAAUAUUCAAGACCGUGGAUGCUUUUCAGCAGUUCCCCGACUAUCUGCAGGGUCUCAUCGAAAUGGACGAUCUCAUAUUUGAGUCGCUGCUGAUGCUGCCGCGUGUUCAGGAGAAUGGCAUAACAGUUAUCUGUGAUCUUCAAGGCACCACUCGGAACUUUCUGCGACAGUUUUCGCCAGCGUUUAUGAAGGUCGUGAACGAGAAGAACGCCGUUCUGCCCUUUACCCAACGCAUUGUCCACAUCGUGCAGCGCGGCUUCCUCAUGCAUGUCACCUCCACGCUGUUCAUGCCAUUUAUGAAUAAGGAAUUCAAGGAAAGGAUCUUCACACACGAUGGCAAAAAUCUAAGCAAAUUGCGGGAUAUGGUGGGCUACGACUGCCUACCGGAGGAAUAUGGCGGUCCAGCCUGUAAUGUUCUCGACACAAAUCUGAUGUAUAAUCAUUUAAGCCAGAAUGCAAAUUAUCUGGAAGAGCUGCAGCACUACGAAAAGAAAAAAUUAUAAUUCACAAUAUGAAUU